AUGGAAAACAGCACUGAAUUUUGCUCCUGGUUUUAUUGUACAGUUAAAACUAAAAUUCUGACUACUUGUACGCCGAAAUUCAGCGGCUGUAUUUUGUCCUUGGCUGUCAGCAUACAGUUCAAUUUUACCGGUACUUGCUGUUCCGAGAUUGCCUGUUUCCUGCCUAUCUUUGCGGACAUAAAGGAUGUAUAUUAUGUUGUUCAUACCUGUUCACAAAAAAGAUGCCAAAUACAUCAAGUAGUGGUUCUUAAGAAGGGUACUGUGCAAGAACAAGAUAUGGAAGCAAUACUUCAAACAAUUAAUGAGUCACAGUACUCAUCACAACAGAGUAAUGGCUGGCUGAAUGAACGGCAGGUGUCAUUUUCUGAUAUAAUAAAUGGUAUGCUGCACUCACAAUUCAGAAAUAUUCAGUGGUUACUGCCAGCAAUAUUUUCAUUGUCUGUUGCACUGCUAACAAAAUUAAUAUGUGAUGUAUACACUUACAAGAAAAAAGUUGAUAUAACUUAUUUAUAUAUGGAGGAAAACAUCUCUGAUAUAAAAGAACUGGCUGACAUACUGAAGAAUUAUACUACUUCUCAACAUAUACUGGAGAGAGGAGUUUUCCUUGCUUGCAACAAGGAAAAUGAGAAUGAAACCCAAAUAAACAGUAUGAAGAGUGAAAUUGCACUCUUAAAAAUAACAAUACAAAGCAUGGAUGGAUCUAACACUGUAAAUAUGGAGGCUUUUGUAACAGCAGUCCUAAACUAUCUACAAAAUAGGAAAACCACCUCCAAGGGAACUAACAGCAGUGCAUUUCCUUACCAACUGCCACUUGGACCUGUUGAAGGCAUGGAAAAAGAGUGAAAGUGCAUGUGAAAAAUACUAAACACUGAGCAAGUGAAUUUUUCUGUCUAAAAAGAGAAUUUCAGUGCGCAGUGUAAUUUAACUUUUUGCAACCCAUGAGGAUUUAUUCUUUUAAGUGAGAUAGGGCUUGUAUAUAGUGAUAUGGAACUUAGAGUGCAAUCCUUG